GGAAGGGAGAGCGGUGCAGCCUCCUGACUAUAUUUGCAGAGGGUUGGGAACGCGUCGCCCUCUCUUCGCUCUGAGUUUCGUCGAGUGCUGACCGCAAAAAAAGUGGUUCCGGCAGGGUCCAGGAAAAAGCAACUUAACAUGGCUGGAUAUUUGAAAGUCCUCAGCGCGCUGUCCAGGUCCGCCGGUGCAGCUUUCUCCAGAAACCCCGCAGUGCUCGCGCCGGCUGCUAAUUGCCAGACUUUGCAACAAAGAAACUAUGCUGACAAGCGCAUCAAAGUGGCUAACCCGGUGGUGGAGAUGGAUGGAGAUGAGAUGACCAGGAUCAUCUGGGAGUUUAUUAAAGAAAAGCUCAUCCUGUCCAACGUGGAUGUAGAUCUGAAAUAUUACGACUUGGGUCUGCCCUACCGAGACCAGACCGAUGACCAGGUUACCAUCGACUCUGCCCUCGCCACUAAGAAGUACAAUGUGGCAGUUAAAUGUGCCACCAUCACACCUGACGAAGCCAGAGUGGAAGAGUUUAGCCUGAAGAAGAUGUGGAAGAGCCCCAAUGGAACCAUCAGGAACAUUCUGGGUGGCACUGUGUUCCGUGAGCCAAUUAUCUGCAAGAACAUUCCCAGGCUUGUUCCGGGUUGGACACAGCCAAUCACCAUUGGGAGGCACGCCUUUGGUGACCAGUACAGAGCAACAGACUUUGUUGUGGACCAGCCCGGCAAAUUCAAGAUGGUCUUUUCGCCUGCUGAUGGAAGCAAGAGCAAAGAGUGGGAGGUCUUUGACUUCCCUGCUGGUGGCUGUGGAAUGGGCAUGUACAAUACAGAUGAGUCCAUUUCAGGCUUCGCACACAGCUGCUUCCAGUACGCCAUCUCCAAGAAGUGGCCUCUCUACUUGAGCACAAAGAACACCAUUCUUAAAGCAUAUGACGGCAGAUUUAAAGACAUUUUUCAGGAUAUCUUUGAGAAACAUUACAAACCAGAGUUUGACAAACUGAAGAUCUGGUACGAGCACAGGCUUAUUGAUGACAUGGUUGCACAAGUGUUGAAGUCCAGUGGAGCCUUUGUGUGGGCUUGUAAGAACUAUGAUGGAGAUGUUCAGUCUGAUAUUCUUGCACAGGGCUUUGGCUCCUUGGGCCUGAUGACUUCAGUCCUCAUCUGUCCUGAUGGGAAGACGAUUGAGGCUGAGGCGGCCCACGGCACUGUGACCAGGCACUAUCGCGAGCACCAGAAGGGAAGGCCGACCAGCACCAACCCCAUCGCCAGUAUCUUUGCCUGGACCAGAGGCUUGGAGCAUCGAGGCAAACUCGACGGAAACCCUGACCUCAUAAAGUUCUCACAGACUCUAGAGAGAGUGUGUGUUGAGACGGUGGAGAGCGGCAUCAUGACCAAGGACCUCGCUGGAUGCAUCCACGGCUUGUCCAAUGUGAAGCUCAACGAGCACUACGUCAACACCACAGACUUCCUCGACGCCAUCAAGAACAAUCUGGAUAAAGCUCUUGGCAAGUGAAGGACUUGAAGCAACGCAGAGACAGCUGUGGCACUCUUUUGUUUUUGUACCUCAUUUUUAACUUAAAAGGUCAAUAAAUCCAUUAUUCCACCAGAAGGAGAACGCUGUCUGUAGGAUUAUCUAGUGUUAUUUUUAGGAUAUCAAAUGGUCGUCCUCCCACCCGAUGAACCUCAGUCUCCAUGUCCUAUUCUGUGCAAGGUUUUAUUUUUGUAAUGUGUAUAAUCAGUGCUGUGUAACGCCUUGAGAAGACUGGAGCCCAUGUCAAACAUACAUGCCAAUAAAUCACAUUUGACCCAAA